UUGCUCCUUCUCUUAAUGCCGGUUUUAGGUAAUUCACGUUCUGUGUUCUCGUGGGUUUUGCAAAACGUUAGUGGUAAAUGCCCUCCUUUAUUACAUGGAGUAUCCAUCUUUUGUAGAAUUCGUGUUUUCACGUUGUCUUUAUGCGACAAAAGAUCUCAGCUUUAUCUUCUAUUCCAGUGGUUGACUACGACUCUUAUUGUUUCGUCUUUAUCUCUUUACAUGGGUUUAUAGGAUCAUUGUCCUUGUUGAUGUUUGGGUUCCCUAUAUAUAAUGUUCUUGAUUCUGGGUCUCUCUUUUCACGCUUUUGAUGCGGCGUUUCUUGGAUCUUUUGAUGCUCCGCUCUGAAAUAGUUGAGGUUAAAACGUGUUUGUGCAGACAGUUCUUAUGAUGGUUGAAGAAAACAAUCCUAUGGAAGGUGGUUCUUGUGAGGAAGAAUUUGCCUGUGGUGAUCCCAAAGUUGAUAUACGUGUUGGGGAUGAAUAUCAGGCUGAGAUACCUCCUAUGAUCUCUGAUCCAGAGAACCCCCCUCUAGCUUCAGAUGAUCUUGGCUCUGGUUCCUUUGUGGUUGGACUACCUCUCCAAGUAACGUGGAUAGACACCAAAUUUAAAGAUAGACAAGGGCUUGGAGAUGACCAUGUCGACAUGAGCGAGUCUCUCAAAUCUCUGAAAAAUAAACGAAGCCGCAGGAACACGGGAACAAAGCAGCGGAGGAUGACUCUUGAAGCUGUGCCGGAGACACCAUCGAGUUCUUGGGAUGAUCUGGAAGUAGAUGGCUUUGUUCUUGGUUUAUAUACAUUCGGGAAGAACUUCACUCAGGUGAAGAAGCUGUUAGAGAGCAAAGAAACAGGAGAUAUACUUUCGUUUUACUACGGAAGGUUCUACAAAUCUGCUAAACACAAGGUUUGGUCUAACUCACUCAAGAAGCAAAGCAGGAAAUGUAUACAAGGCAAGAAGCUCUAUUCAGGUUGGAGGCUACAACACCUGUUGUCCCGUUUGAUUCCCAGCAUCACAGAUGAAUCUCAGAAAAAGAAGCUUGUGAAUGUUUCAAAGUCAUUUGCUGAAGGGAAUAUAUCUCUGGAGAGAUACAUUAUUGGAGUGAAAGAACUAGUAGGUCUCCAGUCUCUUGUAGAAGCCGUAGCGAUCGGUAAAGACAAACAUUUAACAGUCCUAACAACGGAACCAGUGAAAUCGAAACAGUGGUUCACAGUCUCCUCUGCUGGUUUAGGUGCAUACACUUCACUCACAUCUGAGGAAAUAAUAGAAAAACUUGAUGGCGGUUCCCGUCUAAGCAAAGCCCGUUGCAAUGAUAUCUUUUGGGACGCUGUGUGGCCGCGUUUGCUAGCCAGAGGGUGGCAUUCUGAGCAGCCAAAGGACACCAAAUCUAAAGACAACAUCGUCUUCCUCAUCCCUGGGGUAGAAACGUUCUCUAGACGGAAACUCGUUAAACAGACUCAUUACUUUGAUUCCAUCGCUGAAAUUCUCAAAAAAGUUGUUGCCGAGCCUGAGCUUCUUGAAUUUGAGACAGCAGACAUCAGACCUUCCAGUGAAGAGACUAAUUACCAACACACUAAGCACCGUUACCUCAGGUCUCCAGACGCUUGCUCUAAUCAUAUGAAGUUCACUGUUAUGGACACUACUAGUUUGGCUUCAGGAGGCAAGUUGUGCGCAUUUCGAGAGUUGAAGAAUCCUGAUAACAGCCCUUCUGUGGAAAGAUCCCAAAUGAUGCCGUUGGAGCAAGCCAAGUUUUCUGGUGAAUGUAAAUGGGAAAAGAAGGGAAUGAAGAAACUGGUGGAAGAGCCGGUGAGGUUCAUGAUUGUGGAUACAAGUGGGCAGUCAUCAGGGAUAAGGAGACGGAGACAUUUGCCCGAUAAUGAGAACCAAUCAGGUAACAGUACAGGUGUGACUUGGGAGUAUCCUAAGCUGUCUGGUGAGACUUUGGAGAAUGUUGGGUCAAAGAAGAGGUCUGUCCGAAAAUCAUCCGAAUCUUUUCCUUUGACUAAGCGAAGGCGGCUCAGUACAUGUGUAAGGAAAGAUAUAGAACGUUUUGGUCAAAGUUCGAAGUUAUCGGUUGAGUUGAUGAACAUCAAGACUGAGAAAUCAGAAGAAACUGAACCAAAUGGGUUAUGUUCACUGGAGAAACAACAACAAGAGAACUCAAAUCGGUUGUGUUGGGACAAAAAAAGCUCUUCAAAUGAUCUGGAAGCUUCUCAACAGCACGAGAAACCUAUUCAGCUUCCUUCCAUGCCAGGCUCAAACAAGAGGACUUGUCUUUCCACUCAUCAAACUGCAUCAAUAAAACAAGAAGAAGAGGAAGAGCUGAACCAACAGACAAACACAUAUAUUCCAAGAAGGCAAAGCACAAGAAAGAGGCCGUUGACGACUCGUGCUCUUGAAGCUCUUGAAUCGGGAUUUUAUACAGCAAAGAGCUUGAAAAGUACAUCUAAACCGAUAAAACGCGAAAGGUCUACAAGGAUCAAGCACUCAGCCAAAGCAACUCAAAGUAAGUCAGACAAUGGUUUUGUUGUAGAGGAAACCACAUCAAGUAAACCAGAGGAUUUUGAACGGAGCUUUCUUGCGGAUAAAGCAACAAACGUGAGUAAGCCUGUAGAGCAAACAGAGGAUUCGAACAAGGUGACAACCGACUCCCCUAAACGUCCUCCAGUUCUUUUAAAAUUUCCUUUUAAGCGUCGUUGAACAAGUGUUUAAAACUCUAGUAUGAGUCUCUUUUUUUUUGGGCGUUUACUUGAUCUGAAGAAAUGUGUAUAGAAGAAGAAAGCUCCUUAUAUUUCAUUUCUCGGGUA